CGUAAGCCGCUUCCAGCUGCGGCAGCUGGGCGGCUGCGGACUGAGGGAGGCGGCGGCGGCGGCGUCAGGGCUUUUCGGACAGAGAAAGCGGCGGGCGGGGACGAGUCGCCGCCAUGCGCCGGAGAGCUGCGCGCGGGCCAGCAGGGCCUCCUCCGCUUCUUCCUCGGCGCGCCGCUCCUCCGUUUUCCCCUCAGCGGCACACAGAGGUGGCUUUUGUGACCUUCAAGUGCAGGACUAGAUUAUGAGCGCCAACAAGAACACCCGCUACAAUCGUUUCCCCAGCGGUACGACGACCAGCCCUUCCUCAGAAAACAAUAACGGGACAAGAAUGGAGACAACCUUUGGGCCAACUUAUGCUGCCGUGACCACCAUCACCAAAGCGGAUGGGAGCAGUACGUUCCAAAAGCAUCGCCGGACGCCUUCUUCCUCCAGCACCCUCACCUAUUCCCCACGCGAUGAAGAUGAUAGCAUGCCCCCAAUCAACACUCCACGUCUUUCCGACUCGGCCAUCUCCGUCCGCUCAUUGCAUUCAGAGUCCAAUAUGUCCCUGCGUUCAACUUUCUCUCUCCAUGAGGAAGAGGAGGAGCCAGAGCCGCUGGUGUUUGCUGAGCAGCCGUCGGUGAAACUCUGCUGCCAGUUGUGUUGCAGUGUGUUUAAAGAUCCAGUGAUCACAACCUGUGGGCACACAUUUUGCAGGAGAUGUGCCUUAACCUCUGAGAAGUGCCCAGUGGACAAUGCCAAACUGACUGUGGUGGUCAACAACAUCGCCGUGGCAGAGCAAAUUGGGGAGCUCUUCAUCCACUGCAAGUACGGCUGCCGGCCCACUGCUAGUGGCAAGCCUUCGACCUUCGAGGUGGACCCCCACGGGUGCCCCUUCACCAUUAAACUGAGUGCCAGGAAGGACCAUGAGGGCAGCUGCGACUACAGGCCGGUGCGUUGCCCCAACAAUCCCAGCUGCCCACCGCUUCUCAAGAUGAACCUGGAAGCCCACUUGAAGGAGUGCGAACACAUCAAGUGCCCCCAUUCCAAAUACGGGUGUACAUUCAUAGGAAACCAGGACACUUAUGAGACUCACCUGGAAAUGUGCAAAUUUGAGGGCCUCAAAGAGUUCCUCCAGCAAACAGAUGACCGCUUCCAUGAGAUGCAGGUGGCCAUGGCCCAGAAGGACCAGGAAAUUGCCUUCCUGCGGUCGAUGCUAGGCAAGCUUUCAGAAAAGAUUGACCAGCUGGAGAAGAAUCUAGAGUUGAAGUUUGAUGUACUGGAUGAAAACCAGAGCAAACUGAGUGAAGACCUGAUGGAGUUCCGGAGAGAUGCCUCCAUGCUCAACGAUGAGUUGUCCCAUAUCAACGCUCGGCUUAACAUGGGGAUCUUGGGCUCAUAUGAUCCCCAGCAAAUCUUCAAGUGCAAAGGCACCUUUGUGGGGCACCAGGGCCCAGUCUGGUGUCUUUGUGUUUACUCCAUUGGGGACUUGCUCUUCAGUGGCUCUUCGGACAAAACAAUUAAGGUGUGGGAUACCUGCACCACGUACAAGUGCCAAAAGACCUUGGAAGGCCACGAUGGCAUUGUCCUGGCCCUCUGCAUCCAAGGGAACAAGUUGUACAGUGGCUCUGCUGACUGCACCAUCAUUGUCUGGGAUAUUCAAACCUUGCAGAAGGUGAACACCAUCCGGGCACAUGACAACCCUGUGUGCACACUGGUCUCCUCGCACAACAUGCUGUUCAGUGGCUCCUUAAAAGCCAUCAAGGUCUGGGACAUUGUGGGCACUGAGUUGAAGCUGAAAAAGGAGCUGACAGGCCUUAAUCACUGGGUCCGCGCCCUUGUGGCAUCCCAGAAUCACCUGUACAGCGGCUCCUACCAAACAAUCAAGAUCUGGGACAUCCGGAACCUGGAGUGUGUGCAUGUCCUCCAGACGUCAGGCGGUAGCGUCUACUCCAUUGCAGUCACCAACCACCACAUUGUCUGUGGCACCUACGAGAAUCUCAUUCACGUAUGGGACAUCGAGUCAAAAGAGCAGGUGCGCACACUGACAGGACACGUGGGCACCGUAUAUGCCCUGGCCGUCAUCUCCACGCCUGACCAAACCAAAGUCUUCAGUGCUUCAUAUGACCGGUCCUUGCGGGUAUGGAGCAUGGAUAACAUGAUCUGCACACAGACUCUGUUGCGCCACCAGGGCAGCGUCACUGCAUUGGCCGUCUCCAGAGGUCGCUUGUUCUCCGGUGCCGUCGACAGCACUGUUAAGGUUUGGACGUGUUAGUGGGUGCCGCCACUCACUCUGGGAACGCCGGACUACCAAAUACCACUCCAGCGCCACACACUCCUUGUACCACUUCCCUUCUCCCCGAAGCGCUGCCACGACCCGCCAGCUGUGAGAUGGAGCUUCACGGCCCACAUACCUCAGCAAUGCCACCAGUUCCUGCAGCAGACCAAGUGCACACCCCGCACCCCGCAGGACAGUUUGGACUGGCGAGAAAGUUGAUUGAUGUGGUUUCUUUCCCAGAACACUGUGCGAGGGGAGUUCUGUCUGGACGCCUUCAUUGCCGCAGCAUAGGACGCUGAAUGCUUUAGCUCUGCAUCAGCUGAUGAAGCGCAUGGGUCUCAGGCAGCAGCUUUGGCAUAAGAUGGGACCGAGCUGGUCAGCACACACUCCCACUGCGCACCUCGCAAACAGCAAUGCCAGAGCCAAGUAUGCCAGAGGGGACCCAUUCUUGGUCCUGGUGUUUAAUUUAUCUGCUAAGCUCUUUUUUGUUUGUGUCCACCACCAACGAUAAAAAGAAAAGAAUGGUUUUUCUUCCCGUGUAACCAGGUACGAUUUUUACGUCACGAACGCCCUUUCCCUUUUCACUUCAGGUACCACAAGGCCAUCCACCCAAAACACAGCCAUCAUGUCAUGUCAUGACAGCCUCCAUGGUAAAGACAGGGACAGUCCACCGUUGUGUUUUUACUGACAUUUUCUACUGUUUUUAAGAUUGUGAUAUAGAUUUGGAUUGUUUCUUCCUUGACAAUAAAAAUGGACCAUUGUUUUAGGCAA